UGCGACGAUGGUCCGCAGCUGCUUGAAGAAGUGAACGUGAUCUCAAGCGGCAGGGUGGGUAGGAGUUACUUUGUAGAUGAAGCUGUGGAGGACUAUCUUGUUGGGAUUCAGACAGCUGCUGGAUCAUGUGUGACCGGACUCCUGGCCGGUCAAUCCUCUCCUCAGAGAGAUUUUGUGGUGCUGGCUGUGCAGACUCCUCACAGGGAGAGCGAGGGGCAGCCGAAUGCUUCGAGAGGGGUCAGCCCACUGGAUGACAUUGAUGUGGAGUGGGUCACAGAACAUGCCAAGCAGGUGUCCCGUAUGUUACCAGGAGGUCUUUGUAUUCUUGGCCUGUUCUUAGUAACCUCACCUGAACUCCCCAAAGAUGCCCAAAAUGCAUUAAAAAGACUUAUAUUUGCCAUGGAUAAAUACAUAACUAAGGGAAGGUUGUGGGAAUUGUCAGAGGAGGAUGUGACUGAUCAAGUCGUCCUGCAUAUCUGCUCCAAAACAAAGAAAACUGUCUGCAAAACAUUUGAUGUAAAAGAUCCAAAGAGUUCUGCCAAGCCAGCAGACUGGAAGUAUCAGACAGGUGUCUCAUCAUCCUGGCCCAUGUUGACCUGCUCUGUUGAGGUGGAUGUGCAGAUCCCUGUGAAAGGAUCUUCUUCUGAUAUCACAGACAAGUGCGUGAAGGAUGGUCUUAGGAGCUGGGCUAAGCAGAUUGAGGCUGCUUGCUGUCUCAUAAAUGGUAGACAUGCAUUAGAUGACUCUGACCUUGUAUCAGGACAGAAAAAGAACCCAAAAGCAACCCAUCGUCAGACACUUCCAGCACGGAUCUUUGUCUCUGAUGAACAGUCAGAGCUGGAUGAGCGGAGCAGUGCUCUGGUUCAGGUGUGCAGUGGCUCUGUGAAGGUUCGAGGGGUGGUUCACUGCAGGGCCUACAUCCACAACAACAAACCCAAAGCCAGACACGCAGCACGGGCCAUUAAAAGAGACAUCAUAAACACGGUUUGCUCCAGAGUAGAGAUGUUUCUGGAGGAUCUUUUAAUAAAUGACGGGAGUCACAAAGGUCUGUGCAGUGGGCAGCAGGCUCUUCCUCGGCGUGUGUUUGCACCAGUCUCCGGCCUGUCUGUGUGUGACUACAUGUUCCCAGAUGAAAGUACAGCAGAUGUGGCCGAGCGUCUGAAAGAGAUGAUGGACUGCAAAGCGCCAGAAGAGGACAUCGAUGCUAGUUUGGAGGGCAAACAAUUGUUUUACAAUGUUUCUGGAUCAGAGAUAAAUGAAAGCCCCAGUGAUGUUUCUAGUAAGCAUGUCUUCUCAGAAGUCCAAGCUGAAAAUCCUAACAAUCAGAAAGCCCACCAAUAUUAUGCUGGUGUGGUCGUAACAACAGCCGUUGCUCUCCUUGCCACAGCCGCAUCACUACUGUAUUUUAAUGAAUGACAAUGGAAAUAG